AUGGAGACCAAAAUAUCCUGGAAUAUUGGAGGAUCCCCAAUGGUAGGUCAUCUGCCUGUUGUACGAUGUCUACCCACUGUGGCUUGUUCUGGUAAAGUAAAAAUUCAGAACAUACUGGAAAUGUCAUACCAGUGCUACUGUGGUUACUGUGAAGAAGUACCUGAAAAAUACAUUGAUAGUUUCACAGCUUUCAGUGGGAGUGGGGUUGCUUUUAUGGGGAUGGCUUUAGAGGCUAUGGCUGAUGGGGGAGUACUGGUUGGCAUUCCUCGGUCAAUGGCAGACAAAAUAGCAGCUUACACUAUGAUAAGUGCGGCCAAGAUGGUCCUGAAAGAGGGGCUUCAACCUAGUGAGAUUAAAUCCUUGGUUGCAUCUCCUGGUGGUACAACUAUACAUGGUUUAAAAGUAAUGGAAGAUUGUGGAGUGAGAAGUGGAAUUAUGGGUGCAGUACAAAGAGCUACUGAGAGAGCUAUAGAAUUGAGGCCUAAACAAACUUAA